AUGGACCCCAAACACUCUCCUCCAUCAACUAAUAAGAAUUCCACCAUUUUGAGAAUCUGUACCUCUCUAUUCUCUACCAUUUUCACUCUCUACAUUCUAAUUCUACUCUACUUCCCAACUUUUUGUCAUGGACUUAUUUCCUCGCCAGCUCUAUUUUUUACCUCAAUUAUCUUACUCUAUCUUCUCCUGCUCGGUGCAAGUCAAGAUGCCCAAAAGGAAGUAGGAUCCGAUUCAACGCGCAAAUUAUUGCCGCAGAAUGAAGAAUUUUCUGAUAAUGAUCUCUACCGGGUCUCGAAUGAAUCCGAAAGUACCCCGAGCCCGAAUUCGAAUCCUGGUCCCAAUUUUUUGGCUGAUUAUUUUGUGGAAUGGAACGUGAGGGCUCCGCUGGAGGUUAUACAUGAAGAAUACGAAAGUGAAGGAGAAGGAAACGAGGGGUUUUGGGAGGAAAAGAAAGAGCUCCAUAUGGCUAUAAUAGCGAAGUCGAAGAAGAUAAUUUAA